CAAAAAAUAAUAAAUACUUUGUUUGACAGAGAACAAAAGCAUUUCGCCACAUAUAAAAUAAAUACAUUUUCGUUAUCAAUUAUCCGAAAGGGAUUCACUAAAUGUUUUAGUAUACAAAUUUACUAAUAGGAAACUGUGGUCAGGCUAACUACGGCUAAAAACUUUGUUACAUUCUUCUGUUCAUUUUCUACUUUCUUUUUUUUGAUUCAAAUUAUGGCAAUAAUUGCGUAUUGUAGUUAUCCAUUUUUCUAUUAUCAAUGCUUGAGUGUAUCAAUAAAUUAACAAUGGCAAUUCUGCGGCUUCCUUUGCUUUGACAUAUAUUUUGUAGACAUUGUACUUAUCGCAUUUUUUACUUAUCGCUCUUUGUAUUAAAAUUUGUCCAAAAUUGCCCAUUAGUUAAAAAAAGGAAAAUGGAUUGCCUUACUAGCCCUAGCAGUCCUAAAUACAACACAACAAUCGAACAAAAGUUAAAGGCACAAAGAGCCGCCAAAUUAUAUCGUCGGUCAUCACCUAAGCUACGAGAUCUUUUGAGAGAGAAAUGUAGGAUACGUUUGAAAGAAGCUCGUCAUAUCUCGCAUUCGCGCAUGAGGUCAAUAAAUGAAGAAGACGAAGAACAUGUUCCACUUAAAGACUUAUUACGCCAAGAAAUCUCCGAGUUGGACUUUGAUAUAAAUCUACAGGAAGAGAUUUAUAAUGAACUAAUUGAAGAGAUAAAUGAAUGGUUCGUAGAACAGCAAGAAGGAGAAGACAAUUAUUAUGUGGAAGUAGACGAGACGAAUGCGCUGAUUUGUCCGGUUUGCCAGAAAUCAACCCUCGUAAUUUAUUUAAAUAAAGAUAAUCGCUAUAAUUACCGGUGCAAAUGUAGUGCUAAUUUUUUCUUUAAGGAAGGCCCACAAGUUUUGCAAUCUCUACUAAGCGACGAAAUUGAUAAACAUGAACAGCUGUGUUCCAAACGUUUAAUAUUUUUUGUGAAUCCUCUAACGCAACAAUUGGAGAUUAUAUGUGAAACAUGUGAUUAUUUUUCCUGCUAGCAAUUUGUCAAAUUUUUUGCGUAUAUAUUUUGUUUUUGGUUAAUUCAUAUAAUUAAUAUUAUGUGAAUAGAGUGCAAGUUUUCCUCUAAAUCUCUCGUAAGUGCUUUAUAUUAAGUCCAUUAAUGUAUUAUUAUAAACACAGCUAAGUACUCAAAAUUCUUUUCCUAACAUAUACAUUUUUGAAAGUCAACGUGUUACCUAAAAGUGGUUUUUUUAACAUUAGGGAUCAAGACUUUUUCCUAAAUAAAUUCUCGUUGUUUAUUAAUAUUUCAGAUUCAACUAAAUUCCUUCUUGGUCAAAGCUGCAUAUUAAACAAUAGCUUUCUCUACGUAAAUUGUUUUGCCCUUUUUUUUCGUUUAUACACUUUCUAAAGUUAUUUAACAAUAUAGUAAUUUCUAAUGAAAUAUAAAAUUGUAUUUGGUUUUUCCCUUUUUUAUUUAUAAUAUAUUUCUAUUUUUUUGUAAAUUUUCAUUCGAUUUCAAUUUUGCACCAAGCACGUUGUCCACACUUUAGAACUAUAAUCAAGCUCCAAAGGUUCAUACAAAUCAAACGCAUAAAUAAUGGUUUCUUAAAAUAAACAUUGUACAGAUGCUUUUACCUCGAAUUCCUAUACCACCCAUUGAUUUAUAAACAUUGUACAGAUGUUUUUACCUCGAAUUUCUACACCCCCCAUUAUCAUUAGAAGACCCACCAACACUAUAUGUUCUUGCUAAGAUCAUUACAUGGAAAGCUAAUAUAAAAAUUAUCUUCAGUGUGGAUCACACUGGAUAUUGCCAAACUUUUUCAUCUAAAUACGUAACGUUUUGGGAACGAAAAUGUCCCUUGAAAUAAACUGAUAGUUUAAUCUAUGAAUUUCAGUUCAAUUGCAGGCCAUGUUCUUUCCACAGCAAUUGCCUAUUCCUAUAUAACUAUAUGAUCCCAGCAUAAAUCGUAAGUUCGAUUAAGAUACUCACGAAAAAUUUCACUUUUAUAUAAAAGUGUUGACGGAAAACGCCGUGGUGCGCAAAAACAAAAACAAACAAAGGAAGAAAUACCAAUGAAAGAUGACAAUUUGAAAGAUUGGAAGUGUCCCCAAUGCGGAGAGAUCUUAACUUCUGCCUCUCGCCUUGAACAACACCUAGAAAGUCAUUUAGAAAACAAAUACUAAUUAUUAAACAUUAUUAAACAGUCUUAAACCCUUCUAAACACUUGAAAAUAAUAGCGGA